GGAACUGACCAAUCAAGGCUAGGCGUGAGGUUACCGUGUCUACGCAUGACCCGGAAGUGACCGCACAUGUUGCUGUGUGUAUGAGCCGGGGCUGCUCAAGGUGAUGUCUGUCUGACCUAAGAUGUCCCUUAUAGGAAUCCGGAGCCUUGUCUCCUUGCCUUGGAGAUGGGGUUCUUCACUUUUCCGGACCGCCGCCGCUCCGCUGGUGGACUCCCGUAGCAUGGCUACAUUGAAUCAGAUGCACAGAGCUGGCCGACCCAAGAAAGAUCUAUCCAAACCAGGACCUCUGGGUGGCAACCCUCAGCUUAAGGGUGUUGUUUUGAAGACCAUGAUCCGAAAACCUAAAAAGCCUAAUUCUGCCAACCGCAAGUGUGCCCGGAUACGGCUCAGCAACGGCAAGGAGGUGGUGUGCUUUAUACCAGGAGAAGGACACAAUCUGCAGGAGCACAAUAUCGUCCUGGUGGAGGGGGGCCGCACACAGGAUCUACCUGGGGUCAAACUAAAAGUAGUGCGGGGAAAGUAUGACUGUGCCCAUGUGAGGAAGAAGUGAUGCUAGCUCCAUGCGGGGAGGUUAUUAUGGCUUCUGUGCCCCAAUAGAGCCAGCAUUGGACUGUACAUUGUGAAGGCUGCCAGGGGAUGCAAGGGUUAAUAUUCAGAAGUACAAAAAGACUUCUUCACAUCAUUGUUCCAAGGGAUCAAAGAUGAUUAUUACUAUUCUUUUUUUGUCUCAUAUUUACCAUUAAAAAGCUAACUGUUUCUUUG